AUGCACUGGUCGAUUUUGAGCUUGAGCGUCUCAAAAAGGGCAACCUUCGAGCCUCGGCUGGAGCUGGUGCCGCACGAGACGCUGCGGUGGCUGGCAAGCAUUGAUCCGGGCAAGCCGGCCGGGCGGCCGUUCGGCGUCAAGGAGCACGCCAGCUCAAUGGACCGGUACAAGGGGUACUGGAAGCGAUAUCUGUGCUACUACUUGCAGGUAUGGCGGCUGGGACAGGAGGAGGCAGCGGCACAACAUGGGGUGCGGUUUUCUGACGCGCAGUGGGACCGGCUGGAGGCGGUCACGCAGCUGCUAGAGGACGUUGCUAACGACAUUGGUGUUGCCGCUGACAUCACCGCGCCACCUCCCGGUUGA